GCUGCGGGUACUGCACUGAACUUUCUCCUUCCUCCCCCGUCUUGCCUCCACAACAACACAACAUCUCCCCGUUCCCAAUCUCUUCUCCAAACCAACAACGCCCUCUCUAUAAUACCCCACCAUACAGACAGCCCCACCUCAUCACCUCGAAGGAGAAGGAGAGGAAAAGGAAAAGAAAAAAAAAGAGCUAUUCGACCGGCAACAGCUACUUGCGUCGAGAUGGUCAAGGCUAGGAAGAGUAGAGUCGUCUCCGACUCCGAGAUGGUGGACCAGAUUGCGGCCAAAAAUAUAAAGCAGACCAAAUAUGAGACGGACGACAACGCUGAUAUUUCUAUGAACGUAUGCUGUCUAUUUUCCGGUUUAUGGAUCUUUGUGCACUGUCGAGUGCCCGAGAACGGGAAUGUGAGUGCUGACGAGCGCGACUUUGUGAUUUUAGGAUGCGGAUAAUGUAGGUGCUGUCAACAAACUGACGCACGCACUCCCGGUAUUUACGGUAUUUGAUUUUUAGGGAAACGAUGGCGGCGACGAGGACGACGAGGACCAGCCGGACAGAGAUGGCGAUGACGACGACGACACCUCUGUCGAAGACCCGGCUGAUGGGCGUCGGCGUAGAACGGCCGCAACCAACAAACAGAAGAAGGCGUUUGGGAGGAAGAAUGAUACUCUCAAUAAAACGAAGGUAUUUCACCCAGUCAGCCUGCCAUUUGGGAAUGGUUGGACGUGCGGAAUGGAUUUUGUUCUGGCCUCGGACUCUCUGACACUCCCGGCCUCUUGUAGGAAAAUGAUUCCAUGAAGAGAAUUAGAUAUUUGCUUGGGCUCACAGGUAGGUUUGCCCUCCGCCCACAAUAUGAGCACAGCUGACAAUUGUUUCUAGAUUUGUUUCGGCAUUUCAUGAGCAACAAUCCAGACUACCAGAGGGUAAAGGCUGAAGAGGAGGAAAAAUCGAGGCAGCAGGCAAAAUAUAGGAAAGAUUCUACGGAUAAUAGGCGUCGUCGGACCGAGAAGGAGGAAGACGAAGAGCUUCUUCAGGACGAGAUCGUCGACGGUGGCUCCGCGGCCAUCUUUACCGAAUCACCCACAUUCAUCAAGGGGGGGCAAAUGAGAGAUUACCAGAUUGCAGGUUUAAACUGGCUGAUUUCUCUGCAUGAGAACGGGAUAUCUGGUAUCUUGGCUGAUGAAAUGGGUCUCGGGAAAACGUUGCAAACAAUUUCCGUAUGCUCUCCCGCGGAUGUUUCAUUCAGCGCAAUGGAUGCUGACAUGAACAGUUCCUGGGCUAUCUUCGAUAUGUCGCCGGAAUAAAGGGGCCACAUUUGAUCACGGUUCCGAAGUCUACCCUGGAUAAUUGGAAGCGGGAAUUUGAGAAAUGGACACCAGAUGUCAGGGUUCUCGUCCUGCAAGGAGCAAAGGAGGAGCGUCAAAAGCUUAUCCAGGAACGUGUCUUGACGGACGACUUUGAUUGUUUGAUCACAAGCUACGAGAUGAUCCUUCGGGAAAAGACGCACCUGAAGAAAUUUGCUUGGGAGUAUAUCAUCGUCGACGAGGUGAGCUAUUUGCGACACCCCCAAGGACGUAUUAGGCCUAACCAUGAAAUACAGGCACACCGUAUCAAAAAUGAAGAGUCAGCUCUUGCACAAAUUAUCCGUUUGUUCAAUUCCCGCAACAGACUCCUUAUCACCGGCACUCCUCUUCAAAACAAUCUCCACGAGCUCUGGGCGCUGCUCAAUUUCCUUCUGCCUGAUGUGUUUGGCGACUCCGCUGCUUUCGAUGAGUGGUUUGAGAGUCGGGGUGGCGAUCAAGAUGUCGUCGUACAGCAACUGCACAAAGUUUUGCGACCUUUCCUGCUUCGCAGAGUCAAGAGUGACGUGGAAAAGAGCCUAUUGCCCAAGAAGGGUAUGCCAAUAUUCCAUUCCGUCUAUGAAACAAGCGCUUACCAUUCUUAGAGGUCAACGUCUACAUUGGCAUGUCGGGCAUGCAAAUCAAGUGGUAUCAAAAGAUCCUCGAGAAAGAUAUCGAUGCCGUGAAUGGUGCCGGAGGCAAACGUGAGUCCAAGACUCGUCUCUUGAAUAUCGUGAUGCAGCUGCGCAAAUGUUGCAACCACCCCUAUCUCUUCGAAGGCGCCGAGCCCGGUCCUCCAUACACCACUGAUGAGCACAUUAUUGCCAAUUCUGGCAAAAUGGUUAUGCUCGACAAGCUUCUGAAGCGCAUGAGAGCUCAAAAAUCAAGAGUUCUCAUUUUCUCCCAAAUGUCACGUCAGUUGGAUAUUUUGGAGGAUUACUGUGUUUUCAGAGAUUACCCAUACUGCCGCAUCGAUGGAUCCACCGCCCAUGAGGAUCGCAUCACGGCGAUUGAUGAGUACAACAAACCUGACAGCGAGAAGUUUAUAUUCUUGCUUACUACAAGAGCUGGCGGUUUAGGUAUCAACUUGACCACGGCGGAUAUUGUCGUUCUUUACGACUCCGACUGGAAUCCCCAGGCGGAUCUCCAGGCCAUGGAUCGUGCCCAUCGCAUUGGCCAAACUAAACAGGUGAUGGUUUUCAGAUUUGUGACCGAGAAUGCCAUCGAGGAGAAGGUGCUCGAACGCGCAGCUCAAAAGUUGAGACUUGACCAAUUGGUCAUUCAGCAAGGCCGUUCUCAGCAGCAGGCGAAAGCCGCGGCCAAUAAGGAUGAGCUCCUAUCAAUGAUUCAACACGGAGCAGACCUUGUCUUCAAAGGUGGCAAAGAGAAGGAGGCCAACAUCUCGCAGAACAUGACUGAGGAUGAUAUAGACGCUAUCUUGAAGCGCGGCGAGGAGAGAACGGCUGAACUUAAUGCCCGAUACGCUAAGCUCGGUUUGGAUGACCUACAAAAGUUUACCUCUGAUUCCGCGUAUGAAUGGAACGGGGAGAAUUUCGCGGCCGUCAAGAAGCCGAGCAUUAGUGCUAAUUGGAUUAACCCGGCGAAGCGUGAACGCAAGGAGCAGAGCUAUGGUAUUGACAAUUAUUACCGCACCGUUUUAACCUCGGGAAACAAGGCGGCCGAUACAAAACCGAAAGCGCCUCGUGCGCCCAAACAGGUCAAUGUCCUCGAGCACCAGUUUUACCCGCCCAAGCUGGUUGAGCUUCAGGAGCGCGAGACGGCGUAUUUCAGGGCAAGUGACAUGUGCUUGUGGACCUAUCUAAUGAGAUCAAUCUGCUAACACAUUGUGCAGAAACAACAAGGCUACAAAGUACCUCUGCCUGACGGCGAGGCCGACGACCUAGAAGAACGUCAGGCGGCCCGGGAUCAGGAGCAAGACACAAUAGACAGUGCAACACCUCUUACAGAGGAGGAGCAAGCGGAGAAGGCUCAUCUUGCGGAACAAGGAUUCAGCAGCUGGUCGCGCAAGGACUUUGGCACUUUUGUCACACUUUCGGCUAAAUACGGUCGCAGAAAUUUCGCGAUGAUUGCACAAGAGAUGGAGACGAAGGAUGAGAAGGAUGUUCGCAAGUAUGCUAAGGUUUUCUGGGAGCGGUACAAGGAAAUGCCAAACUGGGAAAAAUGCAUCAACACUAUCGAGACUGGCGAGGAGAAGUCAGCGAAGAUCUCCCAACAGAAAAAGAUGCUUCGUAAGAAGAUUGAGAUGUACCGUGUUCCCCUCCAACAGCUGAAACUAAGCUAUUCCGUCUCUACCACCAACAAAAAGGUGUACACUGAGGAGGAGGAUCGUUUCUUGCUUGUCCAAUUGGAUAAAUUUGGGUUGGAUGCGGAAAAUCUCCACGAAAAGAUUCGUGACGAGAUCCGCGAGAGUCCAACAUUCAGAUUUGACUGGUUCUUUCUCUCCCGCACCAGUUUGGAGAUUUCCAGAAGGUGCACCACUCUUAUCUCCACCGUAGCUAGGGAAUUCGAGGAGAACGGAAACGGUGUAGCUACCGCUAAGGCCACAGCGGCUAAGAAGAGUAGGGAUAGAGAGGAGGAGGAGGAGGAAGAGGGCCCUCCUGCCAAAAAGGGCAAAGCAAAUUCUGGCAUUGCCAAAGAAAUCAAUGGGAAGACUGCCAAACAACCUCCAAAGGUACAUAUAUCCUCCCCUGGACCCAAAGUAUCACAUCAUUAUUAUUAGGAUUAGACUAACAAAAGCAGAAUAAGCAAGUGGAGCAGACCAAGAAAGGCGGCGACAGUAAAGCCACCUCGAACGCAACUUCUAGAGCCUCCAGCGUUGACUCGAAAGCAUCCGCGGCGACAAGUGUUUCCAAGAGCAAGUCUCGCUCGAAGAAAAGGUAAUAAAUACUCUCUCGGCCAUACUAGCACUGCUACUAGUUGUAGCGGCAUUGACACCCCUCCUAUCAUACCUCUCUUAUAGAUUUUUUUUUUAAGAAAAACAAAGCCGCUCUAUCAAAACUGUCCAUGAUCCAUAUUAGACCUUUUCUUCUUUCUUCCCUGGAGCAUUUGACGGUUGGUAUGGUGGUGGCGGUGGUGGAAGACGGCGCAAGUCUCAUUAUGGGGAGAGAAUACGGUGAGAGGCAGGAAGGAGGGAGGGAGGGAAGGGUACCGCAGGCAUUUUCAUUUAUAUUCAAUUUCCCGUCCACGUUACUUGUUCCCUGUUUUUCGUAUCUUGCUCGAUAGUUGUUACCUUUACUAUUAGUCUUAGUCUUACUCUCAGGUUGUUGUAAAACACUUGCUUGCUCACUUUGUGUAUUCUUUAUUUAUUUACUCGCUUUUUUUUUUUCGAGGAGGGAGAUGGGGUAUCGUACCAUACAUACUAUAUACAUGCACGGGCUAAGUGAGUUUAUUAGUUAGCUGGGAGGGUAAUGAGAUGGAGGAGAUGGCAAGGUAUCGGUAUACAGUACUGGCAGUUUGAUGAUUGACCACCGGUAGCUAGUCAUUUUAAGUCGGUUGGUUCAAAAGAGAAAUUCAGGAAUCCAUCAGUGAAUAAAUACAUACCGUCAGGGAAGUGCUCUACUGUACGAAGGUACAGGGCUCAAGUUUUGCAUGUCCUACCCGUACACACAGGGUUUGCUGACCUUGGCCCCUGAAACAUACAAAACUUAGGAGUUGUACCUCCAUACUGUACCGUAAAAACUCUUGCGAUUCGCCAUCUCAGGAAUUUGUGGCAUAUG